GCCAUCGCCGGGCGGAUCGGCGGGUACCGCUCUUUCCGCGGCGACCGCCUGCGCCGCUUCGCCUCGGAGGACGAGGCGAUUGCUGGCUACCUCGCCGAGGAAGAGAACGUGGUCGACGCUGGCGAGGAGGGGGACGAGGACCUCAGCGCUUGGCUUUUGCGCGCCACGCCCCAGAACGUGCCAGCCGCGGCGCGGCUGCCCGCCCCUGCUGCUGGAGAGAUCGCUGGAGAGUUCGGGUUCCUCACGCUGAAGGCUG